AUGAUGGCCCAUGGCGGUACCUGGAGCCGCUGUCUUAGCAACACCAGUAACGGUGGACCCCCGCAUGUGUCCGGCAGCAAGCACAACAUGAAGCAGCACCGCAUCCACAGUCUACGAGAGACCCACAUACCACGGGUGACGGCAGCUCGUCAACGUCUUGUCACCAGCGCCACCGAGUCUGGGCCCGUCGCAGCCCCGGACGUCAGACCCGAACAGGGUCUGACCGAGUAUCGUGCCUUCACGGGCGGCGCCCGCGGCUCUGCCUCCAACCCCAGCCGUGCAACGACCGGCUUGGGGCACUUGCUGCUUCGCAACAAUAACGUCAACAGUGGACGAGCAGACGCAGAGGAGGCUGAGACACAACCCUCUCCUCCGUCGGUACCGACCCAGAAGCCACAAGAAAUAGUAGCCAGGGACAUAGACGCAUUCGAGCAGCACCGGCUGGUACAGAAUGACCCUAUCAGCUUCAACCCAUUGGCGGCCAUCAGCUGGGCCAUAGGCGAUGACUCUGUCGAGGAUAAGAGUCGGAAACAAUGUGACUUUGCUGCUUGUGGAGAUGAAGGUCGUCCUGUCUCCCAGAGACACUCGCGUCCACUGCCAACCUCCGCCAAAGGAAAGUCCCGUCAGCGCAGUCGGAAGAGCGGCGAAAAGGAUGCCCAGAGCAUCGCUCCUCUUGCGGCAGCAGUUUCAAGGAGCGCAGACAAGCGCAUUGUUGACCGUGUAGAGCCGGACCCCUUACCAUAUCGCAAGAUGUUGAAUACCUUUCCCACGAGGCCGCAGCAGAUAACAGACACGGCACAAAGUUGCACGCCCCAUAUGUCACCGUCCACACCAUCGCGUGUGUUGAGAUCACACACCAGGCAGGCGUCGAGCCAGCAGCCUUCUGUCGAGCCACUGCAGCACCCACAAAUCCCCGAGGAAAGAGGCUUUCGUCAUCGAAUUGGAGCAAGGACCGAUGAGUUCGGAGCCAGUGCAGGCUCCAGCCCGAGCGCAUCAGAUGCCCAGCAGACAAGCUACCCGUCGCUACCGGCCCAAGUCUGCAUGGCGCCCAUGACCGACUUUUCAGUUGCCCAACCCCCCAUGGUAGAGCCACAGACGAUGCCAUUCCAGGGCAAUAUUAUGCAGCCGCAGCAUCAAGUCUCGCUCCCUCAGUAUCCGCUCCCUCAGUACGCUUCUCCGUCGCCGCCGCCGCCGCCUCCUCCUCCACGACAGUAUCGUCCUGAGCAGCAACAAGACCCACACCAGUGUCUCACCUCCCAUUACUGCUCCACGUCCUUUCCUACCGAAAUCCAGCUCAACCCGAACGACUGUGCCAGACAAAAUCACGCCUGCAACUGGAUGCCAUGCAACUCGACAGGGUUCACGUCCGAGAAUGCGCUCAUGUGGCACAUCAGGGCGGAACAUCUGAUGCGGUGCCCCAAGCCGGGAUGCUGUAAUGAGAGGUUCCCUACUAAAAAACAGCUCGAGAUGCACGUCAGGGUUCACUGA